AUGAUAUCCACGCCGGAUUCUAUAUUUAUGGAUGUCAUCGGUCUGGAAUCAUGCCCCAAACCGCUCCAUGGUCGUGUCUUUAAGAGCGGCGCAGUCCAGCAGCCGUUUGUUCCGAAAGACCCAUUCGCCAAUGCUGUCUAUCCCUCAAAUUCCAGCCAGCAUCUGUACGAGAGAGGUGUUUCCGGAGACCCUUCAUCUUGCGAGUUCUGGUGUUCAUCCAGGCUCAAGUCUCGUCUGAAUCAGCCACUUCCGCGUCUGGUAAACGUUCCGGAGCCAUGGGCUCCCAUCGCAGGACGCGGUAGAGGGGACCAUAAGCCGGAUUCAAGGCUUUCUCGUUUUUCGCAGCCGUUGCGAGCCAAUUGCGGAGUUGGUCUUCUCGACGCCAAGCAGGGAGCUUUGAAAUGGUCGCUGCAGGUCCACCCAAGUCCAUCGGACGAUUUGAUUGACAGGAUUCAAGACAAGGUGUUGUAUCAUGAGGUCGAGAAUUGGACAAUUUCUGAGAAAUCCAGGGAGCCUCUCAUCACUCCAUUAACGUCAGCUCAACGGUCUAUAUCUCGGAAGAAGUACAAAAGAACAUUGCAAGGAAUCACCGCAGAUUUUAUUCAACAUGUUGAACCUGUCCUGCGAAAUUGGAAAGACGCAUCAAAACUUGACGAGAAAGUACGAGGUAUACUUCGUGAUAACGACUUUGGUUACUUGGAAUCCCGACAGUAUGAUAUAGCUGACGUGGUUACGUGGGCGUGGGUGCUUAUGAGUGCUUCUACAUAUGAGGCCACCCUCCGCAUUUUCCUUUUGGAAACAGAGGGACAGGGGAAAGAAGCCGUUCCUAAAAGGAACAUACCCGUCUUCAUUCCACUCCUCCUCCUGCGACAGAAGCUUGACCUGAAGACAUUUCGUUUACUACUGGUGUAUUCUCUGCACCACAUUACUAUGGCUUCAAUUGAUCCAGACACCUGCGCUAGAUUCGUUGUCCGCUUGUUUUCUCAUGCUCGACGGUUGUGGCCGGAAGUGCUGCUUCCUAUCGCACAGGCAUUUAGAUUCUAUCUUCGCGAGUAUCGACGUUACCGAUUCAAUUUUGUGAUGGCAAAGCUCGAUAGAUUCAUUCAGCUUCUUGCUUUGCCUCCUGGACCUCGUCCCUAUGUGUCGGCCUCCAUACGGCAACAAGCACAAUUUGAGUUGCUGAAAGCCAUGGCAGAAAUGCAUCUCGCUUCGUCAGUUUCGCGGCGAGGUUAUCAAGCUUUGGCUGCUGUCCAACUAGCCCAUAAGAAGACGGCUGCCGAACGCGAAUUCGCCAAAUUGAAGACGCCCUCAUGGCCACCGUGGAAGGAGGAAAGAUCUGGAAUUGACUCAACCAAGGGUGCGGAAGGCACGAAAAGCCGCGCAAUGCGUGUUAUAUCUCAAAUGAGUGAAGCAGGUCAUCCUCGUUCUCUUUGGGAAGAUGUCGCAGGUAUCUUGGCGGGGUGGGAUACGGACAACAGCCCAACGAUACAAACUAGGGCAAUGGUGCGCCCACCGAAACACCUGCUUGGGUCGUCAAAACAGGAAAAUCAUCCUGCUAUCUGGGAGGCACGAAUACGCUCCACGAGGACAGUGCGGGAGGCUUGGGCCGCCUUCACAGCCUACGAAAGUCGAACCCGUCAGCCCCAUGCUACUGUCUACUAUGCAAUGGGCGAGAAGCUUGUCUUCGAACGAAAAGAACGAAACAAGCGGCCUGUGGCAAAGGAUAUUCAAACUAGCCUCGCAUUGCCUGGCGAUGGCCCGGAAGUUUUCCCAGAACCUGCUUCCGCGCGAGACUGGAUCUACACUCCUACGGAUCCCCCUAAGUUGAAUCAUUUCCUCAGAAGAAUGAUAUCUCAGGGGAUCCGCCCAUCUGGUAGAUUUUUGGCCUUGCUUUUGCAACACGCAACAACGUUUCACGAUGCUCUACAUUAUCUUAGCUGCAGCGAUUUGACAAAUCAACAAAUGAUGGCGUUGCUCAGCGUUGAUGAGGAUAUCUUGGGCAGUGAUGGCGAGUAUAAGAAGGUGCUGAAUGAAGUACCAGAGUAUCUCUUUUCUGCCUUUAUCCGCUUGCUAUGCAGGUGUUCUACUUCUACCAAACGAUCCUCGCCGCAAGCAGAAAGUCAAGUCGCAAAUUGUUUCCCCGUUCUUACGAGUAACUGGGCAAAUUCCCAAUCACAGUUCCCCACCCUUUUUUCGUACGCUGCCCAAUCCCGGAAUACCAGGGAGCCUCUGAACUUAAAGCUUCUUACCCACGCGGUAAAGCUGGUACGAAAGCGAGACUCGCGGAAUCCUCAGGGAUGGGUUCAGCUUCUGGCAGGCCUUUGCUCAAACCGCAUUUUUAGUGACAACCCAAACACUCAUCCUCGUCUUACUGAAAUGCUCCUCGUCUGGCAUGAGGUCUUGGAAGUUACCAACUGGAUGGCUGAGCGCAACAUCGAUUUGGGAUCUGAAGGUUUUCGAAUACUCUGCCGAAGUUUCUCCCGCGCAGUGGCCGCUGGGGUGAAAGACGAAACAUCCAUGAGGAAGGGCCAGGAAACAGUGGCCAAAGCUUCGCGCAGACGAAGAGUACUGCCCGAAGUUGAUCCGUCAAGUUUUGAGGAUUUUGUGAAUUCCGGUCUAACUACUCUCAAACGCCAGUUUGACCGACUUGUUCUUGUGGAACCAAAGACGUAUAUCCUGUUCGACUCCUUCAGGGAAUCUCUUGAAACACGAACUGGAUCUAAAGUGACGGUGCCUGUUAUGCAUGACAUCCCUUCGCCUGCUGUUCUCCACGCAUUCGUCCGAGCUCUCGGGUUAGCGGAAGACUCGGAUGGGCUGCUAAACCUUCUUCGGUGGAUGAGCCAGCAUGCGCUGACCCUUAAGAAAAGGUCUGAUGAGUAUACGAAUGGGGAUAUGUUAAUGCGGCGCACUAUUGUCGCAGUCCGCACGUUUCUUGAGGGGUAUUGGGGGAAAAGGCGAUCAGCCCCCGCGGCAUAUGAGCCUGCAGUUGCGGAUCAUAUUACACAGAGUGAUAGUGAUGGUAUGCCGAAGUUCUCAGAUCCAGCACUGCAAGAGGCAUAUGACAUUGUCACCGCAACAGAAGUCUGGGGUCCUUGGCCCAGGGACGAGGAAGUCUGGGAAUAUUUCGAGCAUGCGCAGGGGUAA